AUGGCGGCCAUUCUUAUUUGCGCCCAGGGACACGCGCAGUUCACGUGCCGACUCUGGGUGUUCCUCCGGGACAUGUUUGCGCGGGGCAACAGCCACACCCAUGGCCUUUGGAGAAGGAAGAAGCCCCUGGCCAACCAGCAGCAACAGACAUUAAGAGCUUGGCUAUGGGAUCAAGCACUGCAUCUCUGGCACGGCAGCCGAUUGCUUGCAGUGAACGCGCGCACGGCGUGGCGGUUGCGAAACCAAGUAGCCAAUGGCCAGAAGCUCACGCGACGCGAGCGACAGCUGUUGGAGACAACGGCGAAGGACCUGGUGCGUUUGCUGCCGUUUUCGGUCUUCUUGAUCAUUCCAGGCGCGGAGCUGUUGCUGCCAGUGGCUUUGACACUGUUUCCCACGCUGAUUCCGAGCACGUUCACGACGGAUGAGCAGCGGCGGCGCCAACUCAUUCUCAGGAACUUGGAGCACAGCGUCGUGCGUCGAAGGCUGCUGGAGCACAUGGUCGCCCGGACCCUGGUCUACGAGAGCUUGAGCGACGAUGUCUCGAAGAGUAUCACUCCGGUCUUUCGGUCCCUGGCUCGGGGCGGAAUUAUCGGAGCGAAGGACAUCCGCCGCCUGUCUGUUAGCUUUGAAGAUGACGGGCCGCUGGCAAUCCAGAAGCUUCCCAGGUACAUCCUUCGGGAGCUCUGCCAGGUCAUGGGCAUCUAUACUUGGAGCGCUUGGCUUGAGGGUCUGCUGCUGCCGAGGGCCAUGCAUGCAGUUCGCCUGCGCUUCAUCCUCCAGCAGACGCUGGAGAAGCGGGAAGAGGACGACCGGUGCUUGGCAGAGGUGGAUCUCAACGCGCUGACUCCGAGGGAGCUUGAACGGGAGAACGAGCGCAGACGAAUGCGUUGGUUGGGCGACGAGUCCAACCUUCGAGUGCAGCUUCGAGAUUGGCUGGAGCUAUCCCUGGACCAGGACAUCCCCAACCACGUCCUUCUCUUCCUGCGUCCCUGUGCCACAGAUCUCGAGGCCGUGCCGGCUUUGUUGACCCAGGAUGAGCGCGACCACAUCCUGCGUCUGCAGGGCCGCUUCGUGGAUUCGCAGCUACAUGAGUGGAUCCACCAGACCAUCGACCGAUCGGCUCGCAGCCCCAAGGACGAAGAGAGCGACCUCGAGACUGGCAUGAUGCAGGAGGACAUCGAGAGCCUCAAGGAGCACGUGGAGGAAGUGCGCCAUGAGGUGGGCGAGAUCGAGGCAACCAAGGAGCAGCUGAAAGACUUCGGCCAAGUUCUGAAGUCCACCAGCGACGAUGAGCUGCUGACGCUUUUCGACACUUUGGCAGAUGACAAAGGCGUGGUGGAGAUACCGGCACUGGAGGAGAAGAUUCAGCAGCACCUGAAAGACGAGCUGCGUGAUGCUUCUGCCUUGCACGUUUUCUUGGAAAGCUUCUACACGGAGGAUACGGCCCACAUAAGCCGUGCAGACUUCGCCGCCGCUCUCUCUCGGUGUCGGCAAGACUGCUGA